AUGAGCGACACCAGUACACCCGACGGGCUACCAGGUAGCCAACUGUGCAAGGCCAGUCGAGCCAAUCUGACCGAUGAAGAGCGGGCGAGGCGCAAGGAGGCGGCGAUGCGGGCAGCGGGCACGUGGCGGGAGGAGACGAGCCGAAGCGAUGCCGAGAUGCGGGUGCUCUUUCCGCGCUAUCCUGCAGCCGAUGGCAGUGACGACGACGACGUCUCGGCGUGGCGGAUCUCGUACGCGCCGUCCGACACAGCCGGCAUUGCCGCGGCUCUGGAGGUGUACGGCAUGGUGGUGGUCGACGUGCUCACGUCUGACGAGGCCGACGCCACCGCUGCCGAUCUGCUGGCGGAUGCGUCGGCGCAGGCGAACCCAGCCAAGGCGACGGCGGCGCUCGAUUUCAACGAUCCGACGACAUGGGAGUCGCGCAACUGGCCCAAACCCAAGUCCAAGUUCCUCUUUGGCUCGCCGGCGUUUACGCAGCUUGCCUUUGCGAUGCGAACGCAUCCCGCCAUCUACGAGGUCUUCCGCGGCCUGUACGGCGGCGAGGAAAAGCUCUGGGCUUCCAUUGACAACUGGGGCGUGAUGCGAGGGACACGGAACUUGCGGAUGAGGAAUGAGGAGACCGGCGAGGUGGAGGACGGCGUCGAGCGGCCGCAAUGGCGGACCUCGCUCGGCCCGCACUGGGACUGCAACCCGCAUCGGAUCGUGGAGAUCGACCGGGCCGAGGGCCACGCCCAGCGGUACCAGGGCCUGGUAGCGCUGGUCGACUGUCCGAUCACAACAGGGACCUUUGCCUGCGUCCCAGGUUCGUCGGCCUACCUCGACACCUGGGUCAGUGAGCACUUUCGCGACGGCAAGGCCGGGCUGGCCAACCGAUCGGUUCGACCCAAGGCAAGCGAUCCGAUGGCAGCAUACAUGCAGCCGAUCCCGCUGCGCAAGGGCCAGAUGGUCAUCUGGCACUUUGAGCUCCUGCAUGCUAACGUGCCAAACACCUCCAGCAACAUGCGACUUAUCCAGUUCAUUCGCAUGAUGCCCGCCUGGGACGCCGAGCAGCGGGCCAUGUCCCGCUCCAAGGACCGCCACUCGCCACCUAAGAUCUGGAAGCGGUAUCCCGAGAUCGCCGACCACGUCCGCACUACUUAUAGUCUCUCUUCGCUCCAGCUCCGGCUCACCGGUUUCUUGCCAUGGUCCGAUGACGACGACGACGACGAUCCGCCUGUCGAGCCAUCGACUGCAGCCGCGGCUGACUGCUGUGCCUUGAACGCCGAGACCGCCUGAUGCUGAUGUGGACGGAGGCAUGACGACCACCGCAGGUGCAAACCAUAUCCAGUAACCCGUAAACUCCCUUCCAUCCGCG